GGGAAAGGAAGCCCGGCUUCUCUUCCUCCUCCCUCCCUCCCUGUGCUGGAAGUGGGGGGGAGGAGGGGAGGAAAUUACGUGCUCACGUCAGCACGCACUCGGGCGCUGAUACGUCCCGUUACCAUACCUAGCCUCUGCCGCCGGCGUCGUUAUCUUUCUCUGCCCCGGGGGAGUGGGGGCGAAGGCGCGUUCGCGAGCGGCGCGCACUCAGUAGCCGAGGGUGCGGGCCGGGGUGGUCGCUUCGCUUGGGGGUCCCGCCGCGCAGCUGUGGGGGUUUGUUUGUGAAGCGGGGACCGACGCCCCUCCCCCCACGCUCCCCCUCGACCCCCCCACCCAGUUCUUUUGCACCGACCCUCACCCCAGAGCCAAUAUUCCUGAAAUUAAGAGAUACGCUGCGGCGGCGGCUGGAGCUGCGGGGCCCGGGGCUGCCGGGGCCGGGGGAGACCGCAGCGAGGCCACCGCCGUCGCCAUGGAGGCUCUGGGACCAGGGCCACCAGCCAGCCUUUUCCAACCGCCCCGUCGCCCUGGCCUAGGAACAGUUGGGAAACCAAUCCGUCUCUUAGCCAAUCAUUUCCAGGUGCAGAUCCCUAAAAUUGAUGUUUAUCAUUAUGAUGUGGAUAUCAAACCAGAAAAGCGUCCCCGAAGGGUGAACAGGGAGGUGGUGGAUACAAUGGUGAGACACUUCAAGAUGCAGAUAUUUGGGGAUCGGCAGCCUGGCUAUGAUGGUAAAAGGAACAUGUAUACUGCACAUCCUCUGCCCAUUGGCAGAGACAGGGUGGACAUGGAGGUUACUCUUCCAGGUGAAGGAAAAGACCAAACCUUUAAAGUGUCGAUUCAAUGGGUGUCUGUGGUCAGCCUUCAGCUGCUCUUGGAAGCUUUGGCAGGGCAUCUGAAUGAAGUCCCAGAAGACUCUGUGCAGGCACUUGAUGUCAUUACCCGGCACCUUCCCUCUAUGAGGUACACUCCAGUGGGCCGUUCGUUCUUCUCUCCCCCAGAAGGCUACUAUCACCCUCUGGGAGGUGGCCGGGAAGUGUGGUUUGGAUUUCACCAAUCUGUAAGACCUGCUAUGUGGAAUAUGAUGCUCAACAUAGAUGUAUCAGCAACUGCUUUCUACCGUGCCCAACCUAUUAUUGAAUUCAUGUGUGAGGUGUUGGACAUUCAGAACAUCAAUGAACAAACAAAACCUCUUACAGAUUCCCAGCGUGUUAAGUUUACCAAAGAAAUUAGAGGUCUAAAAGUAGAGGUUACUCACUGUGGCCAGAUGAAGAGAAAAUAUAGAGUUUGCAAUGUUACUAGGCGACCAGCCAGCCACCAAACGUUCCCUUUGCAGUUGGAAAAUGGACAGGCUAUGGAAUGUACAGUAGCUCAGUAUUUUAAGCAGAAGUACAGUCUCCAGUUGAAAUAUCCUCAUCUUCCAUGCCUCCAAGUAGGGCAGGAACAGAAACAUACGUACUUACCCCUUGAGGUAUGUAAUAUAGUGGCAGGCCAGCGUUGUAUCAAGAAACUAACAGACAAUCAGACGUCAACUAUGAUCAAGGCAACAGCACGGUCUGCACCUGAUAGGCAGGAAGAAAUUAGUAGACUGGUGAAGAGUAAUAGUAUGGUAGGUGGACCUGAUCCAUAUCUGAAAGAAUUUGGGAUUGUUGUCCAUAAUGAAAUGACAGAGCUGACAGGCAGGGUGUUGCCUGCACCGAUGUUACAGUAUGGAGGUCGGAACAAGACUGUUGCUACACCAAAUCAAGGUGUUUGGGAUAUGAGAGGAAAGCAAUUCUACGCUGGCAUUGAGAUUAAAGUCUGGGCUGUUGCCUGCUUCGCUCCUCAGAAGCAAUGCCGGGAAGACUUGUUAAAGAGUUUUACCGACCAGCUGCGGAAGAUCUCCAAGGAUGCAGGGAUGCCGAUCCAAGGACAGCCGUGCUUCUGUAAAUAUGCUCAGGGUGCAGACAGCGUGGAGCCUAUGUUCAAACAUUUGAAGUUAACUUACGUUGGCUUGCAGCUAAUAGUCGUGAUCCUCCCAGGAAAGACACCAGUUUAUGCUGAGGUCAAGCGUGUUGGGGAUACACUCCUAGGCAUGGCGACCCAGUGCGUUCAGGUGAAGAAUGUUGUCAAAACCUCACCACAGACUCUGUCAAACCUCUGUUUGAAGAUCAAUGCAAAGCUUGGAGGAAUAAAUAAUGUUCUUGUACCGCAUCAAAGGCCCUCUGUGUUCCAGCAGCCAGUGAUCUUCCUGGGAGCAGAUGUCACUCACCCGCCUGCUGGGGAUGGGAAGAAGCCUUCCAUUGCUGCUGUAGUAGGCAGCAUGGAUGGCCAUCCCAGUCGCUACUGUGCUACGGUGCGGGUUCAGACCUCUCGCCAGGAAACUUCCCAGGAGCUUCUAUACAGUCAGGAGGUGAUCCAGGACCUGACCAACAUGGUGCGAGAACUGCUGAUCCAGUUCUACAAAUCCACUCGUUUCAAGCCCACACGGAUUAUCUACUACAGGGGAGGAGUGUCAGAAGGGCAGAUGAAGCAGGUAGCUUGGCCAGAACUCAUAGCAAUCCGGAAGGCCUGCAUCAGUUUGGAGGAAGACUAUAGACCAGGAAUCACUUACAUUGUUGUUCAGAAAAGGCAUCACACAAGACUUUUCUGUGCUGACAAGACGGAAAGGGUUGGGAAAAGCGGAAAUGUUCCAGCAGGGACAACUGUGGACAGCACUAUAACACACCCCUCUGAAUUCGACUUUUACCUCUGUAGCCAUGCAGGGAUUCAGGGAACCAGCCGCCCUUCUCACUAUCAAGUCUUGUGGGAUGACAACUGCUUCACUGCAGAUGAAUUACAACUGUUGACAUACCAGCUGUGUCACACUUAUGUCCGGUGCACACGGUCUGUCUCAAUCCCUGCUCCAGCAUACUAUGCCAGGCUGGUAGCUUUUAGGGCAAGGUACCAUCUUGUGGAUAAAGACCAUGACAGUGCUGAAGGCAGCCAUGUGUCGGGACAGAGCAACGGUCGUGACCCUCAAGCGCUAGCCAAGGCAGUGCAGAUCCAUCACGACACCCAGCACACAAUGUAUUUUGCCUGAUGAGUACCCGAGGAGCUGAGGCGAGAGCAGCAGUCUGGGUGGGCACGCCAAUUCCUACUGGUGGUCAGGGCUCAGGUUGGUUUGAGGCUGCCACCAACAACGGCUCUUCGGAGGGUUGUACUGAAACAGCAUUUGCAGCAACGUCUGAUGCAGACACGCAAUUGAGCCAUUUUUAUGUUGUGGUUUUCAGUGAAUAGAAAUUUCAUAAGGACUGUCUUUGCAUCGGACUGAAUUUUUACCUCAAAGAGCAAAAGGCUGAUCAUCCUUAAAAAAAUAGUUUUUAAAUGGACUUGGUACGAAAGGUUUUUAUUGAAAUAUUUUGCUAAUCACUUUGAGUUAUCUCUUCAUUGUUCCCCUUUAAGCUGAUCAAGAAACCUGAGUUCCUCCUGAGCCGCUUUCCCUACUGCUUAGUGAAUCUCCAGAUAUGGCAAACCAUCUUAUUCCACUGUUCUGCUAUGUGGGGGGCCAUACACACAAACACACACGUAUACUUCCAGAGGUAUUGGUGUUUUGCUUUACUUUGUCCUAUUUUCCUAGCCCUCUUUUUUGUAAAUCUUUUGGCAGUCAUGGGCUGCAAAGCUAUUGCACUAUUACUGCGAAUUCAUCUAGGUGGUUCUUGUUCUGUGAAUGUGUAGCAUAAACAGACAGCAGUGCCCCUUGGCAGGUCUAAACAAAAACAUGCUUCGGCUGCCGUAUCCUCUGCAAUGCUGAACUGCUUCCCCCUCUUAAAAAGUAAGUGACAAUGUUCUAAAAGAUUAGUUUUAGGUAUUUUUUCAGACAUUACAAAAAGUGCCCAUUUUAUGCUGCUGUGUUUGAUGAAUCAGUCAUUUUUAAUACUGUUUUUCAUAGAAGGUUUUAACUUUGGCAAUAAAUAUUUUUUUUAAGUACCCUGGCAGUAACUUUUCUAGCUGAACUUUACAUGAGUUACAGCCAACCGUUCUCAUGUAGGGUUGACUCUUAACUGUCCUAAGAAGAAAAUUAGACCAUUCUUAAAAAGUGGAUCAGAAGAGGCUCCCUUCAUGCUUUUUACGAAUGAUUAUUUUUAACUGUUUUAUAUUCACCGUUGGUCGGUCUGCCUCCCUUUUUAUAUAAGCUUGGAAAGUGGGUGUUCCGCAUAGGAAAGGCUUUGCCAAUAUGUACAGCUGUGUAUAGCGUGACAGUUGCAAUCUGAAGAUUUUUACCAGCAUUUUAAAACUUUAUUCCUCUGAGAAUUUAGGUUGCCGGCAUGUACAGAAACAUUCAAUAGCAUGUGUGAAGUGUAUAUUUAAUACCGAUCUUGACUUGUUUCUAUAAAUUAGGACUCUUUUAUGUGCUUGAGUCUUUCCCACUAAAAUACGUAAUUGGAAGGGGGGGCGAGCUGCAGAUGUGGUAGUGUUACAGUGAGACUAGUUUGUAAGUGUUAGCGCAAGAUGCUUUAAAUCCCUAGUUUUUAACCUAUGUGAUGUGACACCACUGUGAAAAUUUUGAAUUUUGCCAAUAAUUGCACUCUGAAGUCUCUGAAACAGGCAGAUGGUGGUGCGGAGUCCUGACCUGGCGAGGUUUUGUAACCAGCUCUCAGAGGUCAGCAGGUAUGCUUCUGCGGUUUUGAUUUCCUUCAGUCUUUGAUGCAAAGCUUGUAAAUAAAUGAAAGUUUACAUUUCUAAAUACUCUGAUUUCAGCUGUGCAAAGGAAUACACUGAAGUUAGUCUUUGUAAAGCAGUUUUAGAAGCUCCUUCCAGAGUUGUAUAUCCCAGUGCGGGGAUGACAGGCUUUUAAAGUUUCCUCUUCCCACUUGGAAAUGGGAGUAAAGCAAGCUCAGCUGGGAUGCUAGUGUUGGGUUGGAAUACUAGGUUUCUUCUUCUCUUUCUCUCUCUUUCUCUUUCUCUUUUUAAAAGAAUACCUCACUUGGGUAAUAAUCAGGACAUGGGAAGGGAGAGUAAUCGCUGCUUCAGCUAGCCUGCUGCUUUUCUUUCCUUUUUUUCUAAGUACUUUGUUCAGGAAGAAGAUGCAAGAACUCCUGCUGGCCCUAACGUGGAGAACCAGGCACCAGCUGGCGGGCGUAAGCACCUGUUUAGCGUGGCGUAGGGCUUCGUUUUUUGUUGCACCAGGUGGGGCACCUAGGCUAAGUUAGGAGGGGCAGCAUGGAGAAAAGGCAGGCAGGUGUGUAACAGCACCAAGUACCUCUUGCACAGGCUGGGCAUAGAGAUGUUCUUCAUCAGCUUGCCUGCAAUGAAGCCAGCUCUGUGAACCUUAGACUGUGCAGACAGAGGAACCUCAAUCAACCAGGUUCUGGCUGACCUAACAUGAAAGAAAAGAACAACACCAGGGCUAGCUCAAACCGUCUUUUCAUCAAACUGUGCAGUCAGAGGAACCUCAGCCAGGUUCUGGCUGACCCAACGUGAAAGAAAAGAACAAUGCCAGGGCCAGCUCAGAUGGUCUUUUUGUCUUCUGUCACAGGGGAAAAAUAAGCUUUCUUGUGCAUUACAAACCAUACCUAUUGUUGAGUCUCCUGUGUUUUUUUUAUUUUUAUUCGUUGCAUUGUCACAAUGAAUUUUACCACCACCCCAAAAAGAGAAAAUUCUACAGAGAAACUUUUUUUGCCAACUUUUGCACUUUCUUGGAAUUUUUCAUGAAUUGUUUUCCUUUAAGCUUUAUUUUCCUCCCCUCUAUUGGAAAUGUUUCUGUGCAAAAAUGUUCAGCUAUUGCUGAAGAGUGCAGUGAUGUCUUUUGGGUGGGAGUGUUUCAAAGCGAAGUCUUUAUUGUAGCGUGGGGGCGGGGGGGGGAGAGGUAGCAAAAGAUCUUCAGGCCUAAUAACUGCAAGGUCCGAUUGCAGCAAUACUGUUGUGUGGCUGAGUCUGAGACUGCUUGUCAGAGACAUCCCUGCCCAAGGGACUGAAUUGUUAUGCAUGUGUCAAUCAAUGGGAAGACGUGCAUUCUGUAGCUGUAGUUCUUUAGGGUGUUUUGGGAUUGUGUUUAGUUUUUUUCCCCCUCCUUUGGUUUAAAGCCUGUUGGCUUUUGUUUAGCUAUCUGUUGUGAAAGAUUUUUCAAAUGUAGCAUACGGGAGUGCAGGGGGAGGCAUAGGAAAGGGGAAGCUGGUGUGCAAAGCGCAGCAAACUCCUACUCUCUCCUUCCCAAAACCUAUUCUGCUUUUCUGCGAGCAGCACUGUUUUGAAAGGGUUCUCAGAAGUGUUUGGUUUGUAGCAGAUCGUGGGGGUGGCAGAUGGGGUUCAAUUUGUUGACUCCUAUGCUGGAGCUGUGACUUGACUUAGCAUCAGAAGGUGACCUCCAAACAGACAUAAUUACUGGGCUGUGGCAGCUCUGUUCCACGCAGUCCAUAUCAUGUGAUCCAAAAAUGUACCUAUCCCCCCAUCUCCUUAUAUCAAAAGCCUUUGUCUCCCAGUGGACACAAGGCCUCCCUUUUUGUUCUGGUACCUUCUUACAGCUCCCCCCCUUUCCCCCCACCUUUGUGGAUGUGCUGUAGAUCCCCCCCCCCUUCUCUUGCUCAAUAGCAAGGCUGUUGCUCUGCUUUCAUUUUAGGAAAGGAGAGCUUGGAGGGCAUUGUAUCAAUACUGUUUUCAGCUGCAAGGUUUUUUCCCUUGUGCAAUUUGAGGAAAGAACAUAUGUGAAUAUCACGUAAAAAGAGUUUUCUUUAUACCUUGCUAUUGACACUUUUGUGAUAUUUCUAUGUGUAGGGCCUGAAACUUGUAUGUAAAACUUGUUUGCAUUUGUUCAUUUUUGACCUCUGAUGUAUUUUUUCUUUUUGAUUCUAUAUUGUUAGACUUGUAAUGUUUUAAAUUGUAUUUUAUUAAAAUUGGACUGGAUGUAUGUCUAUAGCAAUACGAGGUACUUUUUUUCUUUGAAAGAAACAAAUCAAUCCCUAUUUGGGGGAGGGGUUAGCAGACCCUCGCUGAGAUAAUUUGCUGGCUGUGUAUAACUGCAAUGUAUUUUUUUUCUUAGCCUGCAGGGAUUUUGUGUUCAUGUGUCCAAAAAUAAUAAUAAAGGCAUUUGUGUGCCAAAUGUUUUCUUUAUUGGUGUAUAAUAAAAAUAUAGCCUGAAAUAUUU